UGGUGUCCUCCGGUACUUUACUCAUAAGAAUAAGCUGUGCUCUCUGACUAUUCGUUCAGCUGCAGCCAUGUCUACUCUUCUCAUUAACCAACCGAAGUACGCCUGGCUCAAAGAAUUAGGUCUGAGUGAGGAAAACGACGGUGUUUACAACGGAACCUGGGGAGGAAAAGGAGAGGUGGUCACGUCAUACUGCCCUGCCAACAAUGAACCUAUUGCCAAAGUUCGACAGGCUACCAUGGCUGAAUAUGAAGAAACUGUACAAAAAGCACGGGAAGCAUGGAAAGUGUGGGCAGAUAUCCCGGCUCCAAAGAGAGGGGAGAUUGUCAGACAGAUUGGAGAUGCUCUGAGGAAGAAGAUCAAAGUUCUUGGCAGCUUGGUGUCUCUGGAGAUGGGGAAGAUCUAUGUGGAGGGUGUCGGUGAGGUGCAGGAGUAUGUUGACGUGUGCGACUACGCCGUUGGACUUUCCCGCAUGAUCGGUGGUCCAGUUCUGCCAUCUGAAAGACCAGGCCAUGCCCUGAUCGAGCAGUGGAACCCGGUGGGUCUGGUGGGCAUCAUCACCGCCUUUAACUUCCCCGUAGCAGUGUAUGGCUGGAACAAUGCUAUUGCUCUGAUCUGUGGCAACGUCUGCCUCUGGAAAGGAGCUCCGACUACACCUCUUACCAGUGUAGCAGUAACAAAGAUCGUCGCUGAGGUACUGGAGCAGAACAACCUUCCUGGUGCCAUCUGCUCUAUGACAUGUGGCGGAGCCGACAUUGGGACGGCGCUUGCUAAAGACGAGCAUGUCGAACUUGUGUCCUUCACUGGAAGCACUCAUGUGGGCAAGCAGGUGGCUAUGAUGGUGCAGGAAAGAUUUGGUCGCCAGUUGCUGGAGCUGGGCGGGAACAACGCAAUCAUUGUGUUUGAGGAUGCAGACUUAAACCUGGUAGUACCCUCGGCUCUCUUUGCCUCAGUGGGAACGGCAGGCCAGCGGUGUACCACGACCAGGAGACUUAUGCUGCAUGAGAGUGUUCAUGAUGAGGUAGUGAAAAGGCUGGCCAAGGCCUACAAGCAAGUUCGCAUUGGUGACCCCUGGGAUCCUAGCACCCUGUACGGUCCUCUUCACACCAAGCAAGCUGUUGAACAAUACCUGGCAGCUGUAGAGAAGGCUAAGCAGCAGGGCGGCACACUUGUUUGUGGUGGGAAGGUGAUGGAUCGCCCGGGUAACUAUGUCGAGCCUACCAUCUUUACCGGCCUGCCACACGAUGCCCCCAUUGUUCACACAGAAACCUUUGUACCCAUUCUAUAUGUGAUCAAAUUUAAGACGGAGGAGGAGGCCUUCGCCUGGAACAAUGAAGUCAAGCAGGGUCUUUCCAGCAGCAUCUUCACUAAGGACAUGGGCAGGGUGUUCCGCUGGCUGGGACCUAAAGGCUCGGACUGUGGCAUUGUUAAUGUCAACAUUCCAACCAGUGGAGCAGAGAUCGGAGGAGCUUUUGGUGGUGAGAAGCACACUGGAGGUGGACGUGAGUCCGGCAGUGACUCGUGGAAGCAGUACAUGAGGAGGUCCACAUGCACCAUCAAUUACAGCAAGGAUCUUCCCUUGGCACAAGGAAUCAAGUUUGAGUGAACUGAAGCUUAACACUACAUUUGUCAUCCUUCAUCAGCUAGCCCAGCGUAAACUCCCCCAGAUGAAAGCAAAUACGUACUGCAAUCAUUCUAACUCUGUGUUUAGUUAGAUUUGUUUUCUGCUUAGUUUGAUUUUUUUGUACAUUUGAUAUUGUUGGUUUUGGUAUUAAAACGGUUCUUAGAUUUGAUCUAGAAAUAUCCAGUGUUACAUGUAAGGUUAAAAAAACAAAAGCACUUACAGAAUAAUAGUGUGUACUGAUUUUCUAUGCACUUUAUCAAUGUCACCUUGAAGUGCUUUGUACAAAUAAAUCAUGCCUUUAUUUUUGAAGGAAAUUCUA